UCCAUCUCAGAUCGAUCAUCAGGUAAUCCAUGGCCCCUCCCCCCCCUCCCCCCUCGCAUGGUCUCUUUGUUUCCCCCUUCCACAACAAAAUCCGACCGUGUUGUUUUGGUUCUCUUGGCCUAGGACCGCGGUCCGUCACGCUGCGCGACAUGCGAUCCUCCCCCAUCUUCAAUCUUGCUGCACCCACCUGAUCAUCCCAAAACAAUCCUCCGAGUUGAUGUCGCAUGUGCGCAAAAAGGGAUUGCAGGAAGCCUUGACCACGAGUCCAUGGUCCUUUGGUUCCUGUAUUGGAUCUAUUGCAUCAUGGUCGCGUCUUCCGGCUGUCCGUUCCCCGCCACCAAUGGCCCAAUCAGCACGCGUCAACCUUUAUUUACUUGAGAUGUCGGUUGACUGACAGCAUUCCCCCAUAUCAUACAGGGCUCUAGUUUGAUCUCGUUG